AUGAGCGCCCAGGUGCCCAAUCGAGGCGACUCACAAGACUCAAUGGAUAAUGUCACCCUCACGUCGGAAAGGUUGCUGUGGACGGCACGGACUGUUACCGGUCUCAAACAACCAGCAACGACUGCUGUGAGCGACGGAAGCGGUUGUGAAACGAGCGGCAGCGGCGCUGCUGGUGGCACUGGAGGGUUGACAGAGCCGACAGAUUCUCCUGCAACAUCGGAGUGCACUCUAACGUGGAACUCGCUCAUGACGGCGGUGUUCCAGCAGCAGGUGAACGAAAUGCGGUCGCAGAGGGCUGCAACCAAGAGAACACGGAGCGACGACCGGGUUUCACAGGACCGAAUUUUCUGUUUAGGUGAGGAAGAGGGAAGAAACUCAAUACCGCUGGACGCGCAACGCACCGGCAAAUGCCACCGUCUGGACUUAACUCCUUCCACUGUGCGUGCCCAUGCGCCGCAAUCUGCAGGUGGCGAAAGUAUGCUCUCACCCGAAGGUGUGCAGCGGCGGCUUUCGCUCCACCUGUUGGGUCGGUUGAGCAGCUCCCUACCGACCCUUACGGAGCAAUCUCCAGUUGCAGCAGUUGCACAAGGCCGCAACUCAACAUCAUCCAUUGCUUCCGUUCCCGGCACCGCAGCUUCAGCUUCCGCACAGCCCCGACCGCCUACGAUAGGGACGCCAACCCCCACACCGUUACGGCGGUACGGCGACCCUUCGUCUCAAAUGUCACUUCUUCAGGACACGGACCCACCGACGGAGUCACGACCUCUUUUAUCUCAGCCCGGACGCUCUAUUCCGAGUCCAAGCACACCUCUAUGGGCCACACAGGAUGAGGCUGGAGACGAAGGGGUGCUGUUGGAUGAACUCGAUGGAAAUAUCAUUGCUACCGACGACAACAACAGCAACACUUUGAAUGUUGGUAACGACGAUGAUGAUAUUAUUGUGCGAGUGCCGCUGAGACGGCGCCCACUUUCACUGCAAGUGUCUUCAUUGCCCUUCAUGUCCUUCCCUGAUACUGCUGCGGCCCUGCAGGUGCGGGAAGGUGGGGAUCGGCAGCUGGAAGGCCAGGGCCGGUCGGAGGCCGGGCGGCGAAUGAGCGUUGAGGAAUGGGCCCAGCAGAUGAAUGAGUUUUUUACUCGUGUCGAUGAGCGAACGCUUCACACGAUUUCCAUUGACUGA